UUGUGGCUUCAUUUUUGAGGGUGAGGUGUUGCGAGUGUCACUUGGUGUUUUUUGAUAUCGUUAUUUAUAAUUUAAAAUGCUGAAGUAGUACAGCGAUCGGGAAAGUGCUCAAAUAUGUGUCGUGAUAGUGAUUUAUAUAAUUAUAGUUUCAUUAAAGUGUAGUGUCCAUCAUGUUUCGAUGUAUACCUUUGUUCAAAUGUAAUCGUCAAGUGGAAUGUGUAGACAAGCGGCACUGCUCGUUGCCAACAGUACCUGAAGACAUUUUACGUUAUUCUAGGAGUUUGGAGGAACUUUUUUUGGAUGCUAACCAUAUAAGAGAUUUACCGAAGAAUUUCUUCAGGUUACAUCGGUUACGGCGGUUAGGACUUAGCGAUAAUGAAAUUCACAAACUACCAUCAGAUAUACAGAACUUCGAAAACUUAGUGGAGCUCGAUGUAUCCCGCAAUGACAUUCCCGACAUACCAGAGGACAUCAAGAAACUGCGCGCGCUGCAGAUCGCCGACUUCAGCAGCAAUCCCAUCCCGCGGCUGCCGGCCGGCUUCAGCCAGCUGCGCGCGCUCACCGUGCUCGGCCUUAACGACAUGUCACUGACUAGCUUACCGAGCGAUUUUGGCAGCUUGGUGUCUCUCCAAUCACUAGAGCUAAGAGAAAAUCUAUUGAAAUCUCUACCAGAGUCGUUAAAAAACCUAACUAAGCUAGAACGGUUGGAUCUCGGCGAUAAUGAAAUUGAAGCACUGCCUGAGUUUAUUGGUGAGCUACCCGCAUUACAAGAGCUAUGGCUGGAUCACAACAAACUUCAGUAUUUACCCUCGGAAAUUGGCAACUUGAAAGCUUUAAUUUGUUUGGACGUUAGUGAGAACAAGCUAGAGAAGAUUCCAGAAGAAAUCGGUGGUUUAUGUUCCCUCACAGAUCUGCAUUUAUCGCAGAAUAUGCUUGAAACUGUACCAAAUGGUAUUGGCGAUCUGGGAAAGUUAGCGAUAUUGAAAUUGGACCAAAAUAGAUUACAUACGUUAAACGAGAAUGUUGGAAGGUGUACAAAUCUACAAGAGCUUAUAUUGACGGAGAAUUUUUUAAUGGAAUUACCGAGAUCCAUCGGGAAUCUUAACGAGUUGACCGUACUGAAUGUGGACAGGAAUUCACUGGGCGACAUACCGCAAGAGAUCGGCAACAUGACCCUCCUGGGAGUGCUAAGUUUGCGAGACAACAAGCUCACCAAAUUGCCAAAUGAAUUAGGAAACUGCAAAUCCCUCCAUGUUUUAGAUGUAAGCGGCAAUCGAUUACAAUAUCUUCCAUAUACGCUAGUGAAUUUGGAGUUAAAAGCGGUGUGGUUAUCGGAAAACCAGGCUCAACCCCUGUUAACCUUCCAAACAGACAGGGACGAGACAACGGGAGAGAAUGUGCUCACUUGCUUUCUCCUGCCGCAGCUCAGUUACACACAACAGCCAGAGUUGGAACACACGUCAGAGGUCGGCAGUGGCACGUGGGUCAGGGAACACAGAUUUAAUUCUCAGUCACAAGAGCUUGAUAGGAUAAGAGAGUCCACAUUUUCACGAGACCACGAUUCUGACGACGAUUGGGAGGAAAAAGAAGCGUCACGCACUAUUUCUGUGAAAUUCAACGAAGACAUGCCGGAAGCCAAAGAGACGCCAUUCGUCCGGCAAAACACACCUCACCCGAAGGAGUUGAAGGCGAAAGCUGUGAAACUGUUCACGAGGACACCGGAGCAGCCCGCGCAAACGAACGAACCGCCAACCACUAAUGGGAUUGUCGCGUCGCCGGAACCCGUGCAGACGAUUACGGAGAUUGUUGAACCACCGCAAAUACAGCAAACGACAGUGGCACCCGAAGUUGCUAGGGAUGAAGAUAGCGACAGUCAAACAGCUCAAGAUAAAGAGUCAUCUGAAGAUGAAAAUGACGACAACGACGAUUCUGACGAAUUGGAGCGGGGCGGGCGGCGGGUAGCGUGGCGCGGGGUGUCCGACCGGGCGGCGGCCCCGGCGGGCCGGCUGCACCGCCGCGACACCCCGCACCAUCUGAAGAACAAGCGCGUCAACCCGGUGGACUCGGCGCGGGCGAGGGAGAUUAUCGCGCAGGCUAUUAAGAAACGAGAACAACCAGAAGAACAUAAAACGGAUAAUGAAGAGGAAGUGGACGAUGUACCUGAUGGUGAAUCAGUAUCGGACCGUCCGGAGAGUGAAGCGCGUAUAGUGAACGACCAGAAAUGUAUGGAAGUGAGGAUAGCGCGGGCGGCGGGCGGGCUGGGGCUCAGUAUAGCGGGCGGGAGAGGCUCCACGCCGUACAUCGGUGACGAUGAGGGCAUCUUCAUAUCGCGGGUCACUCCAAAUGGACCGGCUUAUUUAGCUGGACUGAGGGUUGGUGAUAAAGUGCUGUCGGUGAACGGUACGUCGGUGGUAGAUGUGGAUCACUAUUAUGCGGUGGAAGUACUUAAGGCCAGUGGGCCGACGCUCACUUUGGUCGUGACCAGGGAAUCACCCACAUCGACGAGAACACACAGCCGCGCGGCUAGCGGCGCGAGCCAUCACUCAGUAUCGACGGCAGAUACCGUAUCGACGCUGGAGAACGGACAGAUACCAACCGGCCGAGGCGUAGCCAACAAGCCGCUGAUCAUCAGCAACCAGUACGCGCAAGAGCUGGAACCAGAACAGAAGGAGCACGUGAUACACACGAUAGUGACUACCGUCUCGCCCGAACCCUCACCGACUCCGGCGCAGUACCAGCGGCUGCAGGCUUCGCCGCCACCAGCUACGCAGCCUUAUGUACCACCCGCGUACCAGCAGAAGGUGCUGGUGCACACGACGCUGAUCCGCGACGGCGCCGGGCUGGGGUUCAGCAUCGCGGGCGGGCGCGGCUCGCCGCCCUACCGGGACGACAGCCACGCGCUCUACGUGUCGCGCGUCUCGCCGCUCGGCGCCGCCGCCAAGGACGGCAAGAUGCUCGUCGGCGACCGCCUCGUCUCGAUAAACGGCGUCGAUAUGGAUAAUGCAACCCAUGACCAAGCUGUAGCCAUGCUCACAGGACACGAAAGAUUUGUUAGGCUCGUCCUGCAAAGAACUAUCACGCCAGAGCAAGCGGAGAUACUAUCGAGAAAGUCAACAUCGGAAGAAGUGAGAGAGCACAAAACAAGCCAGCAAAACUUGAACGUCACUAACACCACGAAACCGAUCUCGAAUCACGUAACACCCACACCCGCACACAACCACACCAUGCCGCGUGUUACCACACAGAUCGCACCGCAGGUUACACAGAUACCGCCGAACCAGCAAACACACCCGCAACCGCAACCGCAACCGCAACCGAAACCGAAACCGCAACCGCAACCGCAACCGCAACCGCAACCGCAAACCAAAUACGCACCGAAUGUCGCCCCUCAACCCGCACCGAGAAAACUUAGUCAAACUAACGGAACGGCGGAAAGGAAAUCAACUAACAGUGCGAGCACGCCUUUAACUCCCGGCGCGAAUAAAUUGCACGACUCUAACGACGACGUAUUCGACGAUAUUCAGCCGUCUCGGCCGAUCACGAGCGAGGAGUUCCAAGCCAUGAUCCCGGCGCACUUCCUGGGGGCCCCGCGCGCCGCGCCGGAGCCCCCGGAGCGCGGCGUGCGCAUCACUGUGCAGAGGCCCGCGGGCCCCGCGCUGCCCCCGCCGGGGCCCCCCACGCUCGGCCGCGUCACCGAGACGAUCACCAAGUCGACCUUCACCGAGACCACGGUCACCAGGGUCACCGAUAACCACCUCGUCGCGCCGCUCAUUAUUGAAGAUGUGACAUUAGUUAAAGAAGGUGGCUCUCUUGGAUUCAGUAUAAUUGGUGGAACGGAUCAUUCGUGUGUGCCAUUUGGAGCCAAGGAACCUGGAAUAUUUAUAUCUCAUAUCGUGCCCGGCGGCGUGGCGGCGCGGUCCGGCAAGCUGCGCAUGGGCGACCGGCUCGUGAAGGUGAACGGCAGGGAGCUGGCGGGCGCGUCCCACCGCGACGCCGUGCAGCUGCUGCUGCAGCCCGGCGCCACGCUCACGCUCAGCGUGCGCCACGACCCGCUGCCGCUCGGCUUCCAGGAGUUAACAAUAAUAAAGCAAGAAGGCGAGAAGCUUGGUAUGCAUAUUAAGGGUGGUCUGAACGGACAACGCGGCAACCCGAAUGAUCCAAACGACGAAGGAGUGUUUAUAUCGAAGAUAAACAGCGGCGGAGCGGCUAGAAGAGAUGGGAGACUAAAAGUGGGCAUGCGGCUGCUGGAGGUGAGCGGCGCGUCGCUGCUGGGCGCCACGCACGCGGAGGCGGUCAACGCGCUGCGCUCCGCCACCGGCGCGCCGCUGCACCUCGUCGUGUGCCACGGCUACUCGCGCCCCGACAAGUGCGCUACGGGUAGCGAGAGCGGGACGGCUGAGACGGGCGGCUCGCUGUCUCACUCCACCUCGAGUCUCGACAGAGACGAAACGCUGUACCAGCAACAGGAUUAUAGCCCACAGCAAGAUAUAGUUGAAUUUGUGGACGAUAAGCAAGUUGCUGAAAUGAGAGAAAAGUCGACACCCGAAAAGGUGAUGGACAUAGUGCACGCAGUGGAGAGUAUCGCGCUGGAACCGGGCCCCCCCUCGCCGGAGCCGCAGCACAAGACCACGACCGUCGUGAUGUCCAAGCACACGCUGCAGCCUCAGUCGUCUAGUUCGCAAGCGGCGCCCCUAUCGCCGCUCGCAGUGUUCACGGAACAGAAAGUGAAGACGCCGUCUCCGGCGCCCGGCGACGCGAGCCCGGGCGCGCCGGCCCCGCACCACCCGCACCAUCCGCCCCCUCCACCCGCCAAAACGAAACCUCAAGUUCCCCGCAAACCGCAGAUCAAACGAGUUAGUUUCACGCCGGAUUACGACGACGUACACGAAAAAAAUACGCCUACAAAAGAACGAACGACCUCGAAUUCGGAAUCGCAUGAUUUGCAUGACCACGAACCGAAAGACUAUUCGAAUACUAACGAUGCAUGCUCUGAUAAUAGCCCAUUACUAAUCCGACGCCAAACUACAGUUGAGAUAAACGAACCGAAAAAGUUAUCGCACGUUGUUCGCCCGGAAGAUUUUAUCAUUCCCCCUCCGCCAUUAUUCGCCACUAAAGUAAGUGAAAGCCAAUUAGUUCAUGACAUCAUAAAAGAGGUAGACGUACCGCUAAUCGCUGUUGUUCCCGAACGAAUCGUUCUUCCCGAGCCGACUGUGGCAGAAACCACCGUGCAGUCUUCUAACUCCACAAAUUCCCCUGAAACUGAAUUUCCACCCCCAGUAAAUUAUGAAGCUUUUCCAGCUUUUGAUCCAACAAAUAAGCGUAAUCAUGAAUCAUCACGGUCUAUAAUAUAUUCUGAAGUGCUUUCACCACAAGUCUUCCGUAGCGAACCCCCGUCAUUAGAAAGUGACGAAUAUUAUAAUGAGCUAUCGGUCAGUCCAGGCACCGAACCGGAACCACCUGCGUUACUACAUGCUCAAUAUAAAAUACUUCCAACAGUCUCACACGUGCCUAAUUCUCCAUGCUAUUUACAUCCAGAUAGAAGUUAUUUCGAUGAAAUUUCGAAGUCGAAUGAGAGUCAAUCCCUGAAAGAUUUAAGAGUUAAAAAUAUAUCACCUACAAUGGUACAUUCGACAACGUAUCCGCCCUACAACCCUUAUCCUUCAUUAACUACCGUAGCAGGAACGUACAAUCCUUAUACAUGCGCAGUCCCUGAAAUCACACAUAAACCUACAUAUUCAACCCAAAAAUCCUUAUCACCGUCAUUAGUUACUUCAGUAAGCAAGGAUAUAAACGCUAAUCUUACACAACCUGGUCCGCUUAUGGGUAAUCAACCUAAGAAUGCGCAGUCUGAGAGAAGAGUACGUUUUGGCGAAGUGACGAGUGCUUUUGAGUACGAUAUUUUGCCGAAAAGUUUGGAAACAAUGAGAGAGGGGAGCUCCUCGCCUGCACCCACCCUCAAACCCGCAUGGAGCAGCAAAAUCAAACCCUUCGCCACCGGCGAGGCUUCCCCACCUCAUUCUGGUAAAUUUGUGAAAGCAUCUGUCAGCGAUAAGAAAAAGUUUUUCGAAAACGCAAUGGAAGAAAGCCACAAAUCAUCACCUAAGCCAGAAAAAGUUUUCUCAUUCCUGUCAGCGGAUGAGGUGGAGAAAUUGAAGCAGGAAGAGGAAAGGAAAAUGGCGUCGUUAUCUCGCUCAGAGCUCGGCUCUUGGUCCCCGGGAGAGGACCGACACAGCGGAGACAGCGAGCAUUCCGAUGACGAACCAUACGAAAACGGUCAUAGCGUGUCCCUCGGCGGCGUGAGUCCGUCGGCGAAGUCGCAGCGGCGGCGCGCGGCGCACUCGCCGGCCGAGCCGGAGGACGAGCGCGAGCGCGCCGCCCGCCGCGCCGCGUGGCGCGCCGCCCGCCUGCGCUCGCUCGAGCAGGAUGCAAUUGAGUCACAAAAAGCAAUUAAAAGCAUGGUGGGCCCGGCGCAUGACAUCAUAGGCGAAGUACCUCCGAGGGACAGAUCUCCUUCAGAGAAAUGGCCCCUGCCACGUAUCGCGUUGCGUACAAAGCCGGGGCCGAUACUGGCCGUGAAGGAGAAGGAAAAAUUAUUAGACGAGAGAAUAACGCUUCGCACGGAGGAAUACGUGUGUCCCGCCACCGGCGACACGAAAGUCCGAACUGUCGAGUACAUUGAGAAAGUGAUUGAGAAAGAGGUCGAAACAACGCAGGAGAAAAUUAUAUCAUUGGAAUUGACGACGAGUCCCAGUAGCGAGACGGCACCUACGUCUUUGGCGGGCACGGUCAUCGGGCUCGGGGACGGGGAGGGGGAGGGGGAGGGAGACAACUCCCUCCAGCCUGACAUCGUGCAGGUUGUCAACCCCCUGCUGGACGGCGGCGCGGGGCAGGUCACCGCCAUACCCGUGGGCCCCGACGAGACCUUCACCGUCUACUCCGAAUACCAGUAGACCGCCCGACGCGGCCGCAGAACGCGAAACUAGAAUAUUUUUAUUUUCUUUUGUAAUUUUGCUUUGUCGUGCAAAAUUUUGCCUAAAGAAACGUGUAAAAAUAAUUGAUUAGUUGACGUCGCGCGACCGGACCGGCCGGCCACGUGGGCGCCUCCCACCGACACGGAGGCGGCUUCCGCAGACCCGACUCGCUUUGUACGAGCGACGAACUCGUUUGUAGAUUUCUUCAAAACAACGAACGUUUGUAUGUUUCCAUCUUCUGUAUUAUAACUGUGAUAAUAAAAUAUAAAUUCCACCGAUGUAUAGAGGCACGUCGAAGAAAUCCACCAACGACUUUUUUUUUUAUAAAACGUGCAUUUUCUUAUCACAAUUUUGUUUUAUUUUUUUACUGUUAUUUCGUGACGUAGAUUUGUGUACGAGAUGAGUAUCUAUUUUGAUAUUGUACUUUGGAUACUUUACGUAUUGUAAUAUUUUCAUUCCGAGCAAGAUUUUAUUGUUUGACUGAGUGCCGAUUCAGUACUUGUGUACUUUGAAACGAUAAUAAAUAAUAAUUCAUCUGGUCGGUGGGUGAGAUUACUUAAGUGUACAAACUAUCAGUAACAUCUUUUUACAGAUUUGGCAUCACAGUCUUAUUCAUCCAACUCUUUGUUCGUUUCUAAGUACCUUUAACGUAGUUAUUAAUUUUUAUUUUUGUAUUGUCAUCAUUCGUACAGUAUUUGUGUUUUAACUGGUGUAUUAUUUUAAUUUAAUAAUUUUAUUGUAACAAUUAUGUAUGUGGUGCCUUAAUUCUUAAUGGAUUAAUUAUUGUAAAAUAGCGAUUUUUAACAAUGUCAGUUCUAUUCAUAAUGAUAAUAGAUUCCAAUUUAAUUGUAAUUAUACAAAUAGAAUUUUUGCAUUUGAACUUAGUGAUGCUGUAUUGUCUUUUUUAAAUGUAUAAUUAUUGUCUAUUGACUAAAUCUCAACAAAAUGUAUAUUUCCGUUGAUAAAUGUUUUUUGGAAAAUUAUUUAAUAGACUCAUGUCAGUAUGUAACGCGUGUCGAAUGAGAGAGUGGGGAAUGUGUGUACUUUGUAUCUUUUUAAGACUCUUUAGCUACAUGUGGAUUGUAAACUAAUGGAAAUAUUGUAUGUUUGUCCUAUAAAUGGUUUAAUAUAUAUUUUAAUAAAAUUA